GUUAGCCAAGCGGGUGGGCGGAAACAGGAAGCGUGACGUAACAUUUGUUUUGGUAAAACCAGCAUAGAAGAGUCUUGUCUCGUAACCCACGAUGAGCGAUUCAAGAAUGGAGCAACACGGUGACGAUUACAAGCUAAUAUUUGAGAAGGAGGGGGUGUACCUGCAUACUAAUGCCAAGAAGAGCAACCAGGACACCAGCAUCCCGGGUUUCAUACGCAUUGUGGAGCGAGCUGGCGUGCCGGCUUUAGAGUGGAGUCCCCUGGAGGAUGCGGGCCGCAAUGCUCCUGCUGUGCUUUACUCGAAAAAGGAUGGCGAAGGAGGCGAGGAGGACACCAAUUUUGACCCCGGCUACGAGCCAGAUUGGGCAGUCAUCAGCACGGUGAAAAAAGAUCGAGAACCUGUCCCCUGCCGAGAGACAGGUCAGUGGUCAUUCUCACUGCCUCUGUCGGAGCUUUACUCACUGCGCAGAGCCCGCUUCUCCCUUGGCCGCAACUUCCUUGUGUUGACCAGUAGGGGGGGCCACCCUCUGCCUCCCUUGCACUUCCACCGAGGGGGCAGCCGCGAGCUCCUGCGCACACUCAGCCGCUACAUCGUCCUGGACCAGUCACCGGUGGAUGGGCGUCUUUUCCUGGCGUACCCGCAAGACCCUAACGCCCUUUCGCAGUCCUUUGACAAACUCCACCUCUUUGACGAUGGAGGCGCUGAUCUCGUGUCGAGAUUCAUCCAUGAUCCCUAUGCAACAACCUUCGGCGGCUUCUCCAAGGUCACCAACUUCUUCAGGGAUGCCCUGCGGCCGCCUGACUCCCCGCUGCAUCCGCGCGACACCCGCAAUCCAAGCUCAGCCCCACAGCUGGACGAGGAGCCCGGCUUUGAGCUCAUCACAUGCGGUGUUGAGCUCGGCCCGAAGCCAGUUGUCAGCAGGGGGCGCCCUCUGGACGAGUGGGAUGUCUUUCUGGACCCCGAGGGGCGGGUCAGGGACCCCGAGCGUGUCAAAGAACUGGUCUUUCGGGGGGGCAUCACACCAACGCUCAGGAAGGAAGUGUGGAAGUUCCUGCUGGGCUUUUAUCCGUGGAACAGCACACACAGCCAACGAGAGGAGAUCUUACGCCUCAAGACAGACGAGUACUUUCGGAUGAAGAUGCAGUGGAAGUCCGUCAGCGAGGAGCAGGAGAUGAGGAACUCGCUUCUCAGGGGCUACCGCAAUCUGAUUGAACGUGACGUGAACAGGACUGACCGACACAACACAUUUUUCUCCGGCAACGACAAUCCAGGCCUGGCGCUGCUGCACGACGUGCUGAUGACUUACUGCAUGUACAACUUUGACCUCGGUUACGUGCAGGGGAUGAGCGACCUGCUGUCUCCUCUGCUGUUCGUCACGCAGAACGAAGUGGAGUCCUUCUGGUGCCUCACCGGAUUCAUGGAGAUGGUGCACCACAACUUUGAGGAGUCCCAGGAAGCCAUGAAGCAGCAGCUCCUUCAGCUCAGCGUCCUGCUGAAAGCUCUGGACCCGGAGCUCUGCGACUUUCUGGAUUCCCAGGACAGCGGUUCGCUUUGCUUCUGUUUCCGCUGGCUGCUCAUCUGGUUCAAGAGAGAGUUCUCCUUUGAGGACAUUCUCAUAUUGUGGGAGGUUAUGUGGACUCGUCUUCCCUGCCCCAACUUCCACCUUUUGAUUGCUUGCGCCAUCCUGCAGUCACAAAGAGGCGAGCUGAUUGGCUCAGACCACGACUUCAACACUAUUCUCAAGCACAUUAAUGAGCUGACUAUGAAGUUGGACCUACAGAGCACUCUGCGAGGCGCAGAGGCCAUCUACCUACAGCUACUCCAGUGCAAUGAUUUGCCCCUCAAGGUCCAGGAGGUCUUGGGUGCAUAUGUCCCAUCCAGCUCCUCUUCCGAUGACGACACCCCCGACUUUGAGCGCGGCGACACGCGGUCUCCCCCUGGCCAAUCACAAGGCACCCCCUAAUUAAACCCAACCAGCUGACAUGAAGAUAUUUAUGAGUGAUGACACGAAUAUUAACUGCAAGCCUGAGAGGAGGCUGUAAUACAAUGUGUCCGCAGAAGGGGGCGACAUGAAGGACGUCACUGUGCUCAUCUUCCAUCUCCUCCUAUUCUUCCUCCUUUUGAUUGAAGCUGCUCUCUUUUUACAUUUUACACUAAGUUGGUUUUCACCCGCUGCAGCCACCCAACUAAAAAAAAAAAAAAAGGGAAUAAAAUGAAGGGUGGGUUUUUUUGUGUAGUGAGUAAGGUAGCCUUCCCUGACAGGAAGCCCUAUGCAACAUGGUCACCUUUUAACCUUUGUACGGUUUCCAUCUGCUCAUUAGUACCAAAUAAAAGGAUGAUGAAGCUCUA